AAAAAAUAUUUUUUUGCUUUAGAUAAUGCAAAACAACAUUAACAAAUUUUGAGUUUUUGGGUUGGUAGAAAUAGGUUGAAGUAAUAUUGGUCGUGAAGAUGGUUCUUCAUCUCAAGUUGGUUUUGACAACAUUGUGUGCAUUGGGGUGUUUACUCGAAACAAGUACAGCAUGCAGGUCAGAAGUUUGCAGGCGCAAACGAUCAGUUAUAACUCAGCCACAAAUCACGCUACAACUCGAAGGGUGCACAGGACGUACUAAGCCUUGGCUCCGACAAGUUUCUUACUGCCUGGACAAAAGUUCGGCGGAAGUGGCCCUAAAGAUAAAGAGCUGGUACGCCAGAACCUACACUUUGUGUAGCUCGUCAUGCAAUCACGUCAGAGCCGGUACGCGGGACCGCUCAAAUAUUGGAACCUGCGUGGACUGUUUCAAGACGCAUCUACUCACAGCGGAUUUUAUGCAAUGGGAAAAUGUCACAUUCACAGAAAUAAGCGAUUGCUUAGACAGAUAUAUAUACGCUGCAUUGAGUAAUGAGGUUCCGUCAUACGUUGCCGAAACAAGAGCAAGAGGGAAAAUCACAUUACCACAGUUAAGACCUGCCAAUAAUUGGUGGUCACUUACAGUGAAGCUACCAUGCAAGCCACCCUUAUUCCAGUUCUGGAAUGCAUACUGUAUUAAUUCAUUUGCUGAUGACGUGCGUGCACGAGAUUUUGUGCUUACUCAAAACAAACUGGUGAAAAGCAGGAACAUCAUUUUUCUUGCUACGUUCAGUGAAAGCUGCAGGUUCGACGUAAAUGACGUGGAGAUUGUCUGGAGCGAAUCUGUUCCUGCGUUCGCUGCUCCACAAGUCUCAUCAUUCCCACGAUCCAUACCACCUGCAGCUGCAGAGUUUGGAAACAUAUUCUUCAACCAGGCAGCCCGAGAACGGUUACGACGUACAGACACAGCGCGCUUAAGCUCAACACCAACUAGUAGCAGGGGGCCAAAGAGAAGACGACGAAAUGUUGAUAUUACGGAUGCUGCAAUAGAUAUCACACCUAUUAACUUGGGAGUUAAAAUGCCAUGCACUGUACGCAGUUUCGAGGUUUCAGACGAAAUUGGAGUACCAGUAAGCGUCCAAUCUAACGGCAAACGGCAUUUACUUGACACUUCCCGUAUACUGAGGAACAUUGAUACACUUAAUUUUACACUGGAUUAUGGAUAUAGCAUGACAGGCUGCUUGUUUGGUUCCUCAGAAGCGGAAUUUGUUAUCAAUCCACCGCCAGGCUGGCUCGCAGCGCAAGAACGUAUUCAGUGUUACACUUGCCACAGUGCGAAUUCAGAAGCUGAAUGUUUGAGAAAUGGAAGGGUAGAACUUUGCCCAGCAGGAUUUCAAUGUCAAAGCGAAACCAGACAAAUAUCGAUCAAUAAGAUCACUAUUACGAAGCGUUGUAAGCAAUCAUUGGCAUGUGAGAAUAAUUACAUCAACAACAACAGAGAGCAAUGUCGACCUGGCCACCAGCCAAGCGUAUGUAGAUGUUGUUGCGGAACACACUUUUGCAACGAUGAUUCUUUGGUUUGCACAUAGACAACUACGAUUUGUCAUUUUUUGUCUAUUUUUUGAAUAAGAGUUGCCGUAUAAAUGCAUUUGCACGCACUUUUAACUUUAAAUGCGACAGAAACACUUUACCUGCAAAGACAAAAUUGUCGUUUAUACAAGCCCUCUGAAGUACGCAGAACUAUACAUCGAACAAACCGACUUUUAUCUCUUUUUUGCAACAAUGUAUCGUAUUCAAGGAAAUAGAAGCAAUUAACAUUCAGAAA